CAAGGGUUGGCGGGACUGCGAGUUUCCGGUCUCGGCUUUGGCGGGACUGGUUUGAAGCUCUCCUGUUUGACUAAAGUAUGUCUCAGGAACGCGCGGUCCCAGCUAGCGCGGUUCCCCUGGAAGAAUUAAGUAGCUGGCCAGAGGAGCUAUGCCGCCGGGAACUGCCGUCCGUCCUGCCGCGACUCCUCUCAUCGUCUCAACAUUCUGACAGUUGGAUUGAGCAUAUUCAAAUUUUGAAAAUUAUUGUAGAAAUGUUUUUACCUCAUAUGAACCACCUGACAUUGGAACAGACUUUCUUUUCACAAGUGUUACCAAAGACUGUGAAAUUAUUUGAUGACAUGAUGUAUGAAUUAACCAGUCAAGCCAGAGGACUGUCAAGCCAAAAUUUGGAAAUCCAGACCACUCUAAGGAAUAUUUUACAAACGAUGGUGCAGCUCUUAGGAGCUCUUACAGGAUGUGUUCAGCAUGUCUGUGCCACACAGGAAUCCAUCAUGUUGGAAAAUAUUCAGAGUCUCCCCUCCUCAGUCCUUCAUAUAAUUAAAAGCACAUUUGUGCAUUGUAAGAAUAGUGAAUCUGUGUAUUCUGGGUGUUUACACCUAGUUUCAGACCUUCUCCAGGCUCUUUUCAAGGAGGCCUAUUCUCUUCAAAAGCAGCUGAUGGAACUGCUGGACAUGAUUUGCAUGGACCCUUUAGUAGAUAACAAUGAUGAUAUUUUGAAUAUGGUAAUAGUUAUUCAUUCUUUAUUGGAUAUCUGCUCUGUUAUUUCCAGUAUGGACCAUGCAUUUCAUGCCAAUACUUGGAAGUUUAUAAUUAAGCAGAGCCUUAAGCACCAGUCCAUAAUAAAAAGCCAGUUGAAACACAAAGAUAUAAUUACUAGCUUGUGUGAAGACAUUCUUUUCUCCUUCCAUUCUUGUUUACAGUUAGCUGAGCAGAUGACACAGUCAGAUGCACAGGAUAAUGCUGACUACAGAUUAUUUCAGAAAACACUCAAAUUGUGUCGUUUUUUUGCCAACUCCCUUUUGCACUACGCUAAGGAAUUUCUUCCUUUCCUCUCUGAUUCUUGCUGUACUUUGCACCAGCUGUAUCUUCAGAUACACAGCAAGUUUCCUCCAAGCCUUUAUGCUACCAGCAUUUCUAAAGCACACCAAGAGGAAAUAGCAGGUGCUUUCCUAGUGACACUGGAUCCACUUGUCAGUCAGCUGCUCACAUUUCAGCCUUUCAUGCAGGUGGUUUUGGACAGUAAACUAGACCUGCCAUGUGAACUACAGUUUCCACAAUGUCUUCUUCUGGUUGUUGUCAUGGAUAAGCUGCCAUCUCAGCCUAAGGAAGUGCAAACCCUGUGGUGCACAGACAGCCAGGUCUCAGAAACUACAACCAGGGUAUCUCUACUCAAAGCCAUUUUCUACAGUUUUGGGCAGUGUUCUGGUGAACUCUCUCUACCUGUUCAUUUACAGGGAUUAAAGAGUAAGGGGAAAGCUGAGGUGGCUGUCACCUUGUAUCAGCAUGUUUGUGUUCAUCUGUGUACAUUUAUUACUUCCUUUCAUCCCUCACUGUUUGCUGAACUGGAUGCUGCUCUGCUGAAUGCUGUACUUAGUGCUAAUAUGAUCACCUCUUUGUUAGCUAUGGAUGCAUGGUGCUUCCUUGCUCGAUAUGGGACUGCUGAACUCUGUGCACACCAUGUCACCAUAGUGGCUCAUCUGAUAAAGUCGUGCCCUGGAGAAUGUUAUCAACUCAUCAACCUAUCAAUACUGUUGAAGCGUCUCUUUUUCUUCAUGGCGCCACCCCAUCAGCUGGAGUUUAUCCAGAAAUUUUCCCCAAAAGAAGCAGAAAAUCUGCCUCUGUGGCAGCAUAUUUCCUUCCAGGCGUUACCUGCUGAGCUUAGGGAACAAACUGUCCAUGAGGUCACCACAGUAGGCACAGCAGAAUGCAGGAAAUGGCUGAGCAGCAGUCGUACUUUGGGAGAACUAGAAUCUCUGAACACAGUACUGUCUGCUUUGCUUGCAAUAUGUAAUUCUGCUGGUGAAGCUUUGGAUACAGGAAAACAAACUGCAAUUAUGGAAGUUGUGAGUCAGCUUUGGGCUUUUUUAAACAUUAAACAGGUAGCAGAUCAACCUUAUGUUCAACAGACAUUCAGCCUUUUACUUCCACUGUUGGGAUUUUUCAUUCAAACCCUAGAUCCUAAACUGAUACUUCAGGUAGUAACUUUGCAGACCUCACUGCUUAAAUUAGAGCCUCCUGACUAUGUUCGUUUGGCAAUGUUGGAUUUUGUAUCUUCUCUAGGAAAACUUUUUAUACCUGAAGCUAUCCAGGACAGAAUUCUGCCCAACCUGUCCUGUAUUUUUGCCUUACUGCUAGCUGACAGGAGUUGGCUGCUAGAACAACAUACCUUGGAGGCAUUUACUCAGUUUGCUGAGGGAACAAAUCAUGAAGAGAUAGUUCCACAGUGUCUCAGUUCUGAAGAAACUAGGAACAAAGUUGUAUCCUUUCUGGAGAAGACUGAGUUUGUAGAUGAAACUGAAGCUGCCAAAGUGGAACGUGUGAAACAGGAAAAAGGUAUUUUCUGGGAACCCUUUGCUAAUGUGACUGUAGAAGAAGCAAAGAGGUCAUCUUUACAGGUAUGGGCUGAUUUCAAAUAGGGGCCAACUUUUAACAAGGCAAAUUCUGCCCUUUUUACUUACUGAUGAAACAAACCAGUGUGGUUUCCAGCCUCAUGUUGAAUUUCAAAUCAAAUAAGAUCUAGACAUGUAAAAUUCUGUUUUAUGGUACUUGCUUUUAAAAUUCAGAAGUGGGACUACACCAUAUCAAAUAUAUUUUCAGUAUGUUUGAAUUAUUGGUAGUAACCUUUAAGGGAAGUAAGUUACAUAUUGUACCAGUGAUGCUAUAAAUGCAGUUUUUACUGAACCACAGAAGAAAAUGAAAGAAACUUACUCCUAUAUGUUUAGUUUGAUUCCUUGCCUUAUUAAUCAAAUGAGUCUCCUAAUAAUUCUAGGCAGUAUCUAAAGAUCACAUCUACCCAUUAAAAGGCAGAAUUUGACAUCAGUAAGGAUAUUCAAAAUAUUGUUUUGAGCACUAUUAGUAUAGUAAUUAGUAUAGUAUAGUAGUAAUUUAUGAAGAACAACAUUCUGAUAAGUUUUAGUCAAACUCUCAUAAAAAGAAAAUACAUUUAUGAACUUAUUUAUAAGACAUGUAAGCUUGGACUAUGCAGCACUUCUCAUUGGGAGCCCUUUGGGACAGGAUACUUAUUGUAUACCACAUACAAACUAAGACACUGGUAGUAGCACUCUGAAUUGCUAUGAUAAACCAAAAUGCCUUUACAUCUUUUUCUAGAUGACUGUGUAGGGGUUUUGGGGUGCAUCCUCCUACCCUUGUGAUCCAAUUACUAGAAUAAAAUUUGCAUGUAAGCUUUACUCCAGUCCAAAAGGAAGGUUCUUUAUAUUUAGAAUGGAUAUUACGAUAUUACCUAUGUUUUUU